CUUCCUUAUGUCGGUCUUGUCGAUGGACUUUUUAGAUUUUUGGAACUUCUACAUUGAGGCCGGGGAGAAUGGGCUUUAGAGAACCCGAGGUUUGGGCUUUGGUUGUUCAUGUUUGAUCAAUAAUGCAGGUUAAAGCAUGCUUUCCUACCCGGAGGAAAAUACAGGGACCAAGUGCACAAUGAAAAAGAAGUUAGGUGCUAUUUUGCAUAUUUUCUUAGCCGAAAUUACUCUUUAUAUCCACUCCAAAAUAUGAGAGGAGGGAAAUUUCUCAUUUUCGUCGUCAAUGGCUGCCGUCGCAGGUUGUAGCAUGGCGCUCCCCAUUCCACAUUCAGGGAUUUAUACGCAGAGCUCGGGAACUAGAGGGAUUCAUGGCCUGCAGAGGAAAGCGUCAAGCAGUAGGAGGCGUGGACAUUUGCAAGCCUCCAAGGCUGCAGCAGAUAAUCAAGCCCCGAAGCCAAAGAGUGUGAUAUGCACCGAUUGUGAUGGAAAUGGUGCGGUUCAGUGUUCACAGUGCAAGGGUAGUGGAGUGAACCCAGUUGAUUUCUUCAACGGUCAAUUCAAAGCUGGAGAUUCGUGUUGGCUUUGUGGAGGGAAGCAAGAUAUGCUAUGUGGGAACUGCAAUGGAGCUGGCUUUAUUGGUGGUUUUAUGAGCACUUUUGAUGAAUAACUAGAAAUCGCUUGUGCGACGUGAACGAAUUACUCGUCAGAGAUUUCAAGUCAUUUGAAUCUCCUGUUCAGCCACCAUUAUUGAUGUUCAGCCCUUUUGUUGCAGCUUUUGCAACUUGUUGUAUGUAUGUAUAAUGUCAUAAUUCUUUCAAAGUUGUUCAACUAUUACCCCAUUAUUACUUGAAUCGAUGGCUGAGUCUCCACCAGACGAUUAAAACAAGAAGGAGGAGCUUUUGACAAGCCACCAAAUUGCACAGCAAUCUGUAGUUGUAUUGUUCUGACAAUGGGAACUGCUAAAGUUCUGGAAAAUAGAACCAUAUUGGCAAU